UCAGGCUAAUCCUUCUCACCAGCGACCUUGGGCUCAAUAAUAAUCUGACUGGAGAGAGAGAGAGAAAGAGAGAGCCUACGAGUCUUUAAGCCUUCAGAGAUCGGGUUAUGGGGAGUUUGGAUGGAGAACAUGGUCUGUCUGAUGGAAUGAAUGGUCUCAUGUGCAGCAGUCAUGCUCUGUGAGGACUCAUCACCUGGUCUCAGUGCUGGUCCGGAUUCAGUGGAUCUGGUGAAAGCGAAUGCUGAGACCUCCACGGAUGCUGUACAGGAGGUCAUUCACAGCAGCACUUAUGUUUCCUCUGUGAUCCCUGCACACCUGGGUGGCAUCAGUCUGAACGCUGAGGAGCCGUUCUGUCGAAUCUGUCAUGAAGGCAGCGGCGUGGGUGAUCUGUUAUCUCCCUGCGAGUGUGCUGGCUCUAUGGCGAUGGUGCACCGUGUUUGUCUGGAGCGCUGGCUCACGGCCUCCGGCACCAGCCGCUGUGAGCUCUGCCACUUUGAGUUCGCUCUAGAGAGACUUCCCAAACCACUCACCGAGUGGUUCACCACCCCUUCCAUGCAGCAGCAGAGACGGACGCUGUGUGGAGAUGCCAUCUGUUUCCUGUUCAUCACACCCUUAGCGAGUCUGUCAGGCUGGCUGUGUGUGCAGGGAGCCAUGGAUCUGUACUACAGCAACAGCAUGGAGGCCGUGGGACUCAUUGUUCUCACACUGACACUCUUCACUAUUUACCUCUUCUGGACUGUUGUAUCCCUACGUUACCACAUUCACCUCUUCAGGACGUGGAAUGAGACGAAUCCCAGCGUCCGGCUACAGAUUCCCCGACCUGUGAAGACACAUCAGAGACCAAAACAUCUGACAAUGUACUUCUUGUGCAAAUACAAGAGUAAGGAGACCAUGGUGUAGUGCCUGAAAGAUCAUCAGGAAGAAAACAGCUGGCUGUUUCAGACAAACCCUGAUUUCUUGACAUCCUGACUUUGUAUCAAGCCCUGAUUUCGAGUCACACUCAGAUCCGGAAUGACAUUCUGAUCUGGGACUCACACGCUGAACUGAAGCCAUGUCCUAAUUUGGUGUGAAACCCCAAUUUUGAGAGAUUUUGAGUUACAGUCUGAUCUGGAGCAGAUGGUUUCAUUUAACAUCGGUUUUAAAUAAUUGAAGAAAAGAACACAUCUUCUUAAAUAAACCAGAGAACAAUGUUUUUGAUAUGAUAACGACCAAGCUAUUUAUACCUGCAGGUUUUACCUUACAAAAUUUGCUUCAUAAUUAUUCAAGAGAAUAUAUGUCUAGAAGGUCAUACAGUGGCUGUGGUUAGGCAAGACAAUCAUACAGAUUAGCAGAUCAUUUCAUUACUGUUUGCUUUAUUAUGGAAACGCUUAAAACUGUUUUCUUCCAUGAAAACAUGAAACAUGUGAACAUUUAAUCUUUUGAUGAUGUAGACGAAUUGAAAAGCCUAAAAAGAAUCCUGUGUACAUUGCAUGCAUUGCAAAUGUCACAUCAGAAAAUCCAACAUGAGAAAAUAAACACUACUAUUUUUGAAA